UGCAUUCACAUAUCAUCAGAUCGAAGUUGAAGUCCCUACAAGCUGGAAUGCUCCACCCACGAUUCGGGGUUUUCAUUGCACAUUGGCGCUCUGCCCAAUCUGUGUCCAGAGUUUUGGAAAAAUCACCUUUUGUGCCAGGUUUUGGGGGCAAAUUCGAACUUGCAGAAAAGCCUGCUGUCUCAGAAGGCUCCAGCAAUCCACUUCACAAAGAGAGGCAGAGCAGCCAGCCGGCAGGGUCUCGAGUUCCUCUUCCUCUUUUACAGCCCAGACUGCCAACAAGAGAUGGCUGUGAUGAACUCCGCCAGGAGCCGCCACCUCCUGAUCCCUCUUGUAUUCGGAGCCUUCGCCGCCUCUGUCUUUGGCACUGGGGGUAGUUCAGCGGAGAAGCUUGCCCACCAGGAAGUGGCUGGGAUCCUAGGAGGAUCAGUCUUACUUCAUGUAGGUAUAUCUUCAGCCAAAACAGUGGCUGAAAUAGAAUGGGCAUUUGAAACCAAGAAGAACCGUACGUUCCGAAUUGCUAUGUUCAGAGAUGGAAACCUGAAGCAGACUAAGCUCAGUGACCAGUUUGGGAAGCGACUGGAAAUGGCCAAUGAGACCACGCUGAGGAUCUUGGACCUGGCAAUGGAGGACCAUGGCGUGUAUACAGCCCGCGUGAGACUGGAUACCGCAGAGGUCGAAGACCACACUUUCAGCCUCGAGAUCUAUGAACUAGUGCAAGAUGUACGGAUAUCCCACCAUCUAAUCUCCCGUGAUGCAGACAGAUGCAACGUGACCCUGCAGUGUCAGGCAUUUGGAAAGGGGAGGUUUAAUGUCUCCUGGAGGAGAGGGAAUCCACUCAGGGGCCUCGAAGAUGUGUCAGACCGGUCUCAGCUCUCUGAGAAUGGUAGCAAUCUCUACUUGUUCUGGCAUCCCAGCCCUUCAGACUCCAACUUCACCUGCCUAGUCAGCAACCCUGUUGAUCAGAAGAAGGUCUCCUUCAACUUGCUCAGCAUCUGCCCAAAUGGAGGUGAACGUCAUUCGAGUAGCCAAUGUCUGAUUGCUGGCAGCAUUGUGCUGUUGCUCACAAGCAGAGGAUAGACUGAAGGUGUAGAGGUCUAAGAAGAGUCCUGCUGGAUCAGAACAAACGUCCCUCUCACCCAGCAUCCUGGUUUCCACAGUGGCCAACCAUCAGCAAGCAGGGCAGAAAAGCUCCGUUGGUCCCAAGAUCUUGUAUUGAGAGGUAGACUGCUGCUGCACAUGGAAGCUUCAUUCUUAGCAAUCAUGACUAAGAACCCAAGAAGAGCCUUGAUGGACCAGGCUCAAGCCUAUCUAGUCCAGCACCCUGUUUCACACAGUGGUCCACCAGCUGUUUUGUUUUGUUUUGUUUUACAUUUAUAUUCUGCUCUUCCUCCAAGGAGCCCAGACAUACAUAGUCAAGUUUCUCCUCACAACAACCCUGUGAAGUAGGUUAGGCUCUGGGCCAGAGUCACCCAGCAAGUAUCAUAGCUGAGUGGGGAUUUGAACCCAGGUCUCCCCAGUCCUAGUCCAGCACUCUAACCACUCCACCACAAUGGAAAAAAAAGAACAUUUUUAGAUGGUGUUGGAUGGAACAAAGUGGUGUGGCCACUUUGCUGUAGCCAGCAGCAGAUUCUGAAGAAGAAAGAUUGUUUACUCUGACUGGCAGUGGUCUCUAGCAUCAGUCAACCAGUUGACUGACGUUCCGCCUGACAAGUGCACUUGCCAGAUUACACGCUGCAACAGGGGUAAAAUGCUUGAACUCAGCAGGAUUGUAUCGAAAACGAUCCCUAGAAUCUCAAACUCCUACAACAGGAAAAUACAGCUAUUUUUUUGCGACGCACAUGCAACGUUGUAGCACUAUGACGCAAAGAAAAAAUCCGAAAUAAGCCAUUGGAAGUGCAAACGGCACCUUGCUGUCAGCUCAGGGACCGUGAUGUCGGAACACAGGCAGUACGGAAGGAAGCACACUUUGCAGAUCUGUAGUGACACUGUGGUAGGGUUUAAUCUGGAAAGCACCUGGGUGGAAGCACAGAUGCAUAUGAAACAUACACAGGGGCUAUUCUCACGAGUAGCAAAAAUCAGGCUAGGCUCUCCUAGCCUGAUUUUUGCUGCUCGUGUAAACCACUGGGCUCGCAGGCAAGCCCGGUGGCUUACAAGCAGCUAGCCCGCUUUUGUAGUCCUCCCCUAAGCCCGGGUUUGUGGAGCGAGCACUCCAUAAACCCGGGCUUCCCAAUCGUGAGUAGCCGUGGUGCAGCUCCGCACUGCGGCUACUCACAAGUAGACCCCCGGAGGGGAGGCGAAAAGCCGCCUCCUGGAUCCGGGGGUCUCCCCAGUAUGCCCUGCGUGCUUGCGCAGGGCAUACUGGAGCUUCUGGGGGCCGUGCAGCCCCCGAGCUCCCCAGCCCUCGCCGGCCCCGUCACAGAGCCGGCAAUCAUGUGGGCGGCCAAUCCGGCUGUCCAGAGCUCCUGCUCUGAUCAUGAGCAGGGAGAGUGGGCUUAGCCUGCUCUCCCCCCUCACUCUUACGAACAGGGUCUCACUGAUCGUGAGACCUGGCUCACAGUCUGGGAAGCUGCAAUCAAUACACUUCCCAGUGCAUGUACAUUGCCUCUCUCUUGCAAGAGUCAGGCCAGACCCAAAGAGUGGCUCAGAGCACAUCAGCCUCCUUGCAUCCCAAUCAUUUGCUGCCUGAAGUGGCUGCUCCUGCAUGGUGUCAGUUUGGGAAGCGAGUGUGUAGAAUUCACUGGUUAACCAUUGUUUACAUGGUUUAGAUGUUGCUUGGUCUGCAGUUGAGUGAGGUAAGCAUGGCAACCAUUGCCAGGAAGUUUUUCACACGGGGCUUUUAAAGCCCUUUAACUCUCAUCUCCUCCGGAAUUGAGGGGGGGGGUGUUCACAUAUCGGCCAGAUUUACCCAGAAGUCCCUGCACGUUAUUGGGGAGCAGUUCACAGACAAUUCGGGUUUUUCACUGCACGUUAGAGUGUAGCCCAACUUAUAUCAGGGUUAAAAAAACUCCACUAUUUUGGUUGGUUUUUGGGGACAACUGUGGGUUCACAGUAAAGCCUCCUUAUAAACUUGCAGUAAAGCCUGCUGUGUGUAAAGGUCCCAGGGCUAUUUCCACACAGCAGGCUUUACCGUGCGUUUACUGUAAGGCUUUACUGUUGAGUUUGAAGUUGCCCCCCAAAAAACAAUGCAAAAAGUGGCUUUAAAAAAACCAAAACCCCUGGAUAUUUAUUUUUAUUAUUUUAUUUAUUUAUCACAUUUAUAUACCGCCCAAACUUUCGUCUCUGGGUGGUUAACAUGAUUAAAACACAUAUAAAAAGUUAAAACAAUUCAACAAUUUAAAAUCAAUCACAAAAUUAAAACCAACAACUUUUAAAAGGCUGAGAAAGCUUGGUUGAAAAGAUGGGUUUUCAGACUUUUUUUAAAAAAUUGCCAGAAAUGGGGAGGAUCGUAUCUUAGUAGGGAGCGCAUCCCACAAUCUCGGGGAGGCAACCAAGAAGGCCCGUCUCUGUGUAGCCAUCAGACAAGUUGGCGGUAACUGGAGACGGACCUCCUCAGAUGACCUCAAUGGGUGGUGGGGCUCAUAGCGAAGAAGAUGCUCUCUUAAAUACCCAGGGCCUAAGCUGUUUAGGGCUUUAUAAGUUAUAACUAGCACUUUGUAUUUUGCCCGGAAACCUAUUGGCAGCUAGUGCAACUCCAUCAGCAAAGGAGUAAUGUGAGAGAUAUAAAUUGGGCUGCACUCUUAAUGUGUAGUGUAAACCCCGAACUGUGUGUGACGUGCUUCCUCAAUAGCUCGAAGGGACUUUGGGGUAAAUCUGGCCGAUAUGUGAACUCCCCCCCCUCCAUUCUGGAGGAGAUGUGAGCUAAAAGAUGCGAGCGUGACGUUUUCUUCGUCAUGAACCCCACCGCCUAUUGAGAUAAUCAGGAGAGGUCUGUCUGCAGUUGCCACCGGCCUGUCCGGUGGCUACUCAGGGACGGGCUUUUGCCGUUGCUGCCCCGAUGCUUUGGAAUGUGCUCCCUGCUGAAAUAAGAGCCUCCCCACCUCUGACAAUUUUUAAAAAAUCUUUAAAGACACAUUUGUUCACCCAGGCUUUUAAUUAAACACCGUUUUAAUAUUUGUAACUUUGUUUUAAAAUAUGUUAAGGUUUUAAAUUGUUGCAGUGUUUUGACUGUUUGUUGUCAUUUAUUUUAACCAAUGCUUUAAUUUUUUGUUGUUGUCAUUUAUCUGUUUUAGCUAAUGUUUUAACUUUUCUGUUUUUGUUGUAAACUGCCCAGAGACAUGAGUCCAUCGCUUGUGUUUUCUUAGCAGAAAAAUAAACCCUCUUUAUUUUUUUAAUUAUAUGAAUUGUCUUUACUGGAAUAACACCCUACGCCUAAAGCAUAACCCCGCGAUCAAGGGCAACAGCUAUUCUAAAAGAGGAUGACUGAAGAUACAGUAAGAGGUGGCCGAGGAUACACGAACCUUCCCAGACUCCUGUACAACCCAGUCUCCGGUUAAGGGCUUCUUCUCAUUACCGAAAGCUGGGAGGGAGAAGCGUCCAGCCAGGGUCCAAGCCCCAUGAAUGCUCCCGAAAAACAGGCAAGGAUCAACCUGUGCAUCUGUAGGAUCUCACUUCAAAGAGAUGAAAGGCUGCAGCUUCUGGAGGAAGUGGAAUGAUGAACAGGAAGAAAGGGAGGGUUGCGGCUGCACUGGUAGAAUAAGAGAUGGGUGGGUCUAGGUACCACCCACCCCGCAAAAAACAACUAACCUCCAGUGACUUCACUACAUGCAGCCAAUACACCCACCUUCCUUUCUGAGCAAGAGUCAUUUGCAGUUUGAACCUGCAGAUGUUCCAAGAUGCUCAUGGUUAUUUAACACAGCUCUGACUCUGAUCUGCUGUAAGCGAACCAUCAGCAAAGGUGUGUGCAUGUGCAUGUGCAUGUAUAUGAAGGAUUCUGCACACUGCAGAACACAGAUGGUUUUGACCAUGAAGUGCACCAGCAGAAACCUUGAGCUCCCUCUUCUACUGGGAACAUUAAUCAGCAGCUUCCUUGGGACUGGAAGCCAUCAAGCAAAGAACCCUCCUCAGCAAAUGAACAGGGUCCUGGGAGGAUCUGUUGUGUUUUCUGUUAAUGUAACAGGUUCAACUGUCGAGGAAUUUGAAUGGACUUUUCAGAACAAGACCCAAUUUCAGAUUGUUAGAUUUGCUGAAGGGAAAUGGAAGUGGUCUGUCCUCCGUGAUAGCUUUGGGCAACGGAUAGAAAUAACCAAUGACACCACUCUAAAGAUCAGCCACGUGGAGAGGGAGGACAGUGGAGUGUAUGGGCUUCGUGUAACGUUUCAUACCGAAGAGAUUCAAGUGGACUCAUUCAGCCUCACUGUCUUUGAACCAGUGCCAGAACCACAUAUUUCCCCCCAACUCAUAUCCAGGGCUUCAGAUGGAUGUAACGUGACCCUGCAGUGUCAGCUGCCCAGGAAGGGGGAAUUUAAUAUUACCUGGGAAAGCGGGAACACCCUCCAGGAUUCAGAAGAUGGUUCAGUCCGGUACCAGAUCUCCAGUCAUGGUAGGGAUCUCCACUUGUUCUGGCAAGCCAGCUCCUCAGACUCCACCAUCACAUGCCGGGUCAGCAAUCCUGCUGAUUGGAAGAAUGUCUCGUUCAACUUGCACAGCAUCUGCUCAGACGAAAGGAAGCAAUUGGUUGGAGGCGGAAAUGCCCUCUGGAUGGUGUGUUUCAUUGUUGUGCUGGUCCUAAUCCUGGUUGCAAGUUUUGCGAUUUGGCUGUGUAAAAAAACAUUGAGCAACAGAGCUAUUGUCUCUACAACGCCGGGGAAGGAUAGACCUCCAGACCCCAUUUAUGAUGAGACUCCAGAUGGAGAGAUGGAUGAAUGCCAGGAUGCUGAAACCUUUCCAGACCUGGAUCAGAAUUCCAGAAUGAACUCUAUAACUGUAUAUGCCACACUCCAGUUCCCUUCUCAGCUUCCGGGUCUUGCCACCUAAACAAGGUGGUGCUGUAAUGAGGGGCGGAGCUUUGUUGGAGCCCAAUCCUAUUGGGGUUUAGCCCCAACCAACAGAAUUUCCUAGGAGUGCCAGGACUUAUCUGUGGAAUCGAGAACUGGUCUGCUUCAACAGAUAGAAACAUCGGACCCAUUAGACACAAUCUUUGGAAAGUGCCACACAGACAGAGGAUGCUAAAUAAAUAAUAAAAGAUCUUUGUAACCGGUCAAAAGAGCAAAGAUAAAAUGAG